CGAAUAUGCAACACCCGAGAUAAUUUCAUUUGAAAGCUGCGUAAUAUGUCUAGUACGAUUGGUUUAUUGUAGAAGGGACCAUCUAAAAACAUGCUAUAGUCUAUAAUUUAUAAAUUCGUUUAUAAACGAAUUUCGAGCGAAACCGCUAAAUUAAUUGAAUAGCUGACGAUAUAAAAUAUAAUUAAUAUACAGGGUGGCCCAGAAGUAACUGCCCACACGCAACCCUUUAAUAACUAACGUAAAUCUUCUUAGAAUUGCACAGAAAUUUCAAAAAUUAUAAAUACGGUAUGGGUCAAACUUAGAUUUCCUGAAAGUUUCGUCAAAGUUAAUUAAUUUAAUAUAAUAUAUGUGCGCGUGACUAGGCUGCAUACUGGUCACAAAAUCUGUUCCGCGCGUUCAGACUCCAGUACAGCAAAAUUUUGGAGUGUCCCUACCAUCAGACUGGAACAGUGGGUGAACAGUGAAGCCGAUCAUUGAUUUUUGUGGGAAAAUGGAUAACCACGUUUAUAUUUCCCGGCAAGAAAAUAACAAAAACAUAAGGAAAAUACGAUCUGAAACAGGAACAUAAGACGCAUCAGACAUUUUGCUUAUGGUCUACCAUAGUCAGUCGUGCGGCCUCAUAAAAAUAACCAUAGAAUUGGAAAAAGAGCAAGCAAAUAUUGCGAAGGAUUUAAUUCAAUAGAUGAUCAGCAAACAAUUUUAACAAAACUUCGCCAGAUUUUGCGACCAACAAGGCGGUGAAUAUUUUUAUGAAGGAGCACGUGGCAACAUAGCAACGAAAAAAAACGGGUAUUUUCCCUGUAAUUGAGCACGUGGAGCUCAGUUUUUCAAAUUUUAAAUCUCUUUUGUUGUACAAUUAACUACACAACGUUAAAGUUUGACGGACACUUCUCGGUUCAUCUUCCGACCAGUCAUGAAAAUCAUGAUUCUAAUUGCACUUUUGUGCAUUGCUCCAACAACACUGUACCUACUAAACGAAUAUGACGUCAUCAAACAGUCAGAGCCAGAGGAAUUUACAAGAAUGCUACACCACGACUACAUUGAGCUGUUGAACAAGGUUUGCAGGGUUCCAUUUGGUACAAAUCGAGGAAGUCUGCAAAGUGAUAAAUGCUUCUUAGAACUGUUUCAUCUUCACGAAAAAGUAGGAUUAAAAUCAGCAGAGCUUUACGAGGAGAUCAAUCGAUAUAGCAACAUGAUGGUUGAGAUAGAAGGAGAAGAUCCGGUGACAGGACACUCCUAUUAUUCAAAGGAGAUGAUAAGCUACAAAAUGUCAUAUUCCUAUCGGAACUUCCUAGAACCAAUACUCCUCAAGGCAAAUGACAUGGUAGCACAAAAUGCUAAACAUGUUGCUGCAAAAAUCUUUGCGAUCGGCAUAGUCAUCUCAAUCGUUUUCCUUGUCUUAUCCAGAUUAACGAAACCUGACAGCUAUGCCCUACCAAAGCCAAACUUUUACGAUACCUCAAAAACGCAAAGAAAAUCUUUCUUGUUCGGGAAGCUCCAGAAAUACUUCUACGGACUAGAUAUCAAGGAACUGCCAUUGCCCGGUGCUUAUAACAAGGGGCCCAAGUAUUGCCCAUGAAAAUGCGGUCACAAUGAAGGAGCUACAGAUUGAAGAACGAUCUCUACUACUGUAUUCCAGAUAAUAAAUGAUGAGACGAUAUUGACAUAGUGGACAAUUAUGUACUGGGUUUCGUUGGGAAUUGUAGCCAAUGGAAAAUGAAAUGAUUAUUUUCGAUUUUGAAAAUAUCAAUAAUUGAAAUGAUAAUGCUGUCAUCGAGUUUUAUACAGCUUUACAUUUUGAACAGUCAAUUAUUGAGCUUUGGAUGUUAUUGAAAUUAAGUUUUUAGUUUUGAAUUUUGAAGAGUCUAUAAUUGGAGUUUAGAUGCAAUCAAGUUUGAUCAGUUUUAAGUUGCAUCGAUAAUUAGAAUUUUGAUAAUUUGAAAUUUGACAUUUUGAAAAUUUUUAAUUUAAAUGGUUGGGUUGAAUUUAUGUUCUUAUACCAUCUUAUACUAUAUUAUUAUCCCAAAAAACCACAAAUCUCAAAAAAAGUUUUAAAAGAACCCUAAAUCCAAAAAAAUUGUUUUAUUUUGAAAUAAACAGGACAA